AUGUUGCUUAAAAAUCACUUCGAAAAAAAGAUGGCAGAUCUUUCAGAGAUUUUAAACGAAGUGGAAGAUACACAAACUGCGACCAGCCACUGGAGCAGCUUGGCUAAGAUGACUCUGGCAAGAAUAAUCAUCUUUAACAAAAGGAGAUCAAGAGAGACUGCCACCCUACAAUUAUUGUCAAUGUCGGCCAAACUGGGCCAGCUGCAGUGGUGUCCCUUGGGGAGAAAGAGGUAAUCGUGGUACGAAUAUGCCAACAAAAGAAGAACAACGGAUUUCAUUCCUUUAAAUCUCUUUGUAGGGAAGACCUCACAAAUGUGUUUUAAGUGAGCGUUCACAUGUGUGCUUGUUCUGUAAGAAGCUUCAGAAAAAGGUCAGAAGACACCAAACCAGACAGUGAAUCACAAGUGGCAAAAGCAAUGGCUAUGGAAACUGCCCAGGAGCAAGAUUUGGCAUUUGAGAGGCUUCGCCUCGUAGGUGAUUACCAACACAACGGCGACGUGUUGGCCCUGGGUGAAGGAGAAUUAAUUGUGGUGCAAAUGCCAAAAAAAGUAGAAGGAGGGAUUGCGGCUAACUUCUUGCCUUGCCCUAGUUGUAUGGGUUUUUUUCAUGGCGUCAGAGCUCUGGAAGCACUGACAGUAUGA